AUGGAUGGCCUCGCCGGCGAGGUGAUGGCGAGAGACGCCUGGGCGUCAAUCCCAUCAAACCUGCUGCGCGCUGAGCUUCAGAGACGAGCAGACGACGGCGAGAAGCCCCAAUGCGGCGGACACAAUUCGGGGUGGUACGACACGGCUGCGCAUGUCUUUGCGCUGCUUCUGAUUCUGGUCCUUAGCACGCUUGCUUGCGGCCUCCCGCUAUUCUCACGGCGAGCAACGACAGGACAUCGACAAAAGGAGAUAUUAUUCUACAGUCAACACAUCGGCACCGGCGUUCUCAUUGCCACGGCCUUUGUCCACCUUCUCCCAACCGCCUUCUCGUCCCUAACCGACCCAUGUCUUCCGUACUUCUUCAGCAAGGGAUACACUCCUCUACCCGGACUCAUUGCCAUGGUCUCGGCCUUGGUCGUCGUGGGGGUCGAGUCUUAUUUGACCGCUCGAGGCGCAGGCCAUUCGCAUUCGCAUGCGCACGAUUUCUGGGACGAAAACGACGAGGCCGAGGGUGAUGCGCAGGAGCUGCAUCUGCCGAGAGAGGGUCUGGCUGACAGGCGGGCGCGCAUGACCGGACGACGAGCGGCGGAUAUGGAUAUUUCUCUGGGCGAUUUGGAGGCGUCCGAGGGCCUUGUCGCCGGCGUUUCGCCUUUGCCGGAGUCGAGUCCGAUGGUGCCGCGGCGCAAGUCUACCGAACACGCCGACAACGACGAUGAUCGGGAUUCAGACCUCGACUUGGAUCUGGGAGAGCUUGAUCCUGCCCCUGCCAGCGGAAGCGCCCAGAAUGGCCAGUACUCUUCGCUUGCGAAGCCCAACGGCACCUCGGGCCGCCGCCACUCCCUGGACGGUAACCAAACACAGUCGCCAGAAGAGCAAAAGCGUCGCAUGCUGCAGUGCCUUUUGUUAGAGGCGGGCAUCCUCUUCCACAGUGUGUUUAUAGGAAUGGCAAUCUCUGUGGCUACGGGCCCGGCCUUUGUCGUCUUCCUGGUUGCCAUCAGCUUCCACCAGUCGUUUGAGGGCAUGGCUCUGGGAAGCCGCAUCGCGGCCAUCCAGUUCCCCAAGGGAUCCAUCCGUCCUUGGCUAAUGGUCCUCGCCUACGGGACUACCACUCCCAUCGGCCAGGCCAUUGGCCUCGUUCUGCAGAAGAAAUGGGAUCCGAGCAGCGCCACGGGCCUUGUGGUUGUGGGCACUACCAAUGCCAUCUCCUCGGGCCUGCUGGUGUAUGCCGGCCUGGUCCAGUUGCUGGCCGAAGACUUCUUGACGGAGAAGAGCUAUCGCAUUUUGAAGGGCAAGAGACGCGUGCAGGCCUACUUUUCGGUCGUUGCCGGCGCGGCGCUCAUGGCAGCAGUGGGAGCGUUUGCUUAAAAGACUUUGGGUAGCGUCAUGGCUUUUAUUCGUGUGUAUAUGCUUCUGCCAGAACAAUAUUGGGGGGGGUUUCUCUUUCCGUAUCUAUGUUACGGCGAACAUAAAUUGGCUCUUUUUUUUUUUUCCCCUCUCCUUCUUUUGUGAAUGGAGUUUCCAUAAAAUGUGUAUACUAGUACCGUGUUUGGGCGCUGAUGGAAAAGGAUGGGCAAGCUUUUCAUAUAGACUCGUUUGUUUUCUCUCAGCAUCUGUCUAGUUUAAUUUUAGAAGGGGCGUGUCUUGUUGGAAUUUUGCAGGCAAGUUUUGCGUUUUGGCAUUUUGAUCUCAUCCAUUCACCUACUCCCUUGUGCUCUUUCAUGUCUGUCAAUGUGCCGUGCCCUUGUUCCCUUGAUAUAGUGAAUUGUGCUUCUCUUUCUGCGCUUCUUUUGAGAGCGUUCAAGCACGGUAUUGAAGACAGCGGUGACGACGACUUGACAGCGGGAACCGUGAAGAAACCGUACAUGUGCCAUGAACCUGCUUUGGCGGUUGCUUGAUAGCUGCCCUCGAACAACAAAAAAACAAAAGUUGCAUUGCUCUUUCUCUGACUGCCUUACUCAUUCGCGCUUAGUUGAACAAAAAUGUCUUAACGUCAAGUACUUGACAAAGCUAAAUUUCACAUUGAGUUGGAUAAACAAUAAAAAAGGCAACACAGUCGUGAUUGAGAGCUUUUGUUCUUCAAAAGAGUUCCCCUGACUAACUGCCAUAUGACAGAUUAACCUCCUCUCAAUCAAAGAUGGUAUUGAUAGCUAUAUAGCCUCGAGACAGUCACUUCCGUU